AUGGAUUAUGUUGAGAAGAAAAUCGAUUCGCUGUUGCGUCGAGUCAGUAGUAAGAGCCGUCGUCGAGCAGCCCGUCGAGCCGCUCGGCGUGCAGCUUCCAAUAAAAGUGCUGACGAGAACUCUAAGAGUUCAAGUUCAGGAAGCGAAACUCCCGAAGAAUGUGCUGCUGCUGCAAGUGAUAGAUCAAGUAGUAGUCAGAAUGCGAAAUGUGGCGAUCGAAAAUCGCUUGGCAAUCGACGAUUUCUGCCAUUGCGUAAGGUGUCGAGCUCUACCAAAUUACCAACAACUCAAAAUUCCACUUUGUCUACUCCAAAAUCACCAAAUGACAAAAGUGUUCGUUCCACAUCUCAACACCUGCCGGCUUCAUCGCAGCGAAACGAUAUUCUCAUCAAGAUUGCUUUGCUAAGCAACCACCAGAACAGCCUACAGUAUUUGCAUAUAUGGAUUAUCAUAUCACUUUACAAACUUCAACAAGCCUUUCUAACGCUUUUACGUCUUAGAAGCAUUCGAACCAUCAGAUUAUCCGACAAUGAGAUAACAAAUGAAAUUGCGACAUGUAAAAAGCUGAUCAGUGCAGAUCAAUCUGGUUCAGUAGUUAUUCCUCAUCUGUCUGCAAACACUUCAUCUGAUAUAUUCGAAGAGGAUAAGCUUCUAAGUCAGAGAAAAUAUACGAAACGUUGUGAAUCAGAAGAUGCAGACUAUACAUCAGAUCACUCAAUACCGAUCCGUCAGCGUAACAGUAAAUCGAUUAAUGAGUUGGACAUGUCAAUGGACGAAUCCGUAGCCGAAUCAGUAGGUCGAGAAAGUGGCUAUAUGUCAGGAAUAGAAUUGUCAUUCUUGAAUCGUGGCAGUUCAUCGGGCGGCGAAUCUCCGGCGUUGUCACCACGAGGCUUCAGUUUCGGUCGAGAGAGACCGCUGAUCAUGGGACGUCCUCAACUGAAGCUCUCAAAAGCAUCGUUCCAAGCCGAACGAAUCUUUCAAUCAGAAGAUGCUUCGGUUGAGAAGCAAUUGCCGCUUUCAAAACCUAUUCUAUCAGUUGAAUAUCCGAUGAAAAGUGAACGAAAGGAGUCUAGUGAUGGGGAUGUGGUGUGUGCGGUGCCAGAUUAUGAGACAACAGAGGUGAUGUUGAAAUCAGCGAUAACUGAAACGAAAUACGUCACUGCGAUAUUCGAAGUGACUGAAGGAGGCUUGCACGAUAUUCUUGAUGAUGUCAUUAAUGAAUUCAACAGGUGGUUUAAUGCACACAUUGGACUGAUGGGGAUUGCUUGUGAGAUACACUGGUCGUGCCCGAACAAGCAUCGUAAUCGUAUGUCGGAGAGAAGAAUGAAAGAAGCUCUUCAUUGGUCACUGCGUGAGAACAAUCGACGUUUGUUGAAUCUGAAAAAUAUGAGUAGAUCGAGAACGGAAAAAUGGCACUUUCCACUGACUUUGAUUGGAUCAAGCACAGAUGAAAACUGUACGAUCAAUAAACCACUGGACUGCUUUCAAGGAGUAUAUCGACGGUUCUAUAAAUCGCUACUGGAAUUUCAACACCCUGAAACCGGCGAACGGCAUGCACCAUAUUGGACAAUUGAUGAGAACUCAACUGACAAGAGAAAUUCGCUUGCACCAAAUCCACAACAUUUCAUUUACGGCAACGAGCCGACCCAAUUGGAUUGCGGCAGUGUUGUGGCCGUUAAUAUUGUUGCAAUAAGAAUUUCUCUAUGA